AUGAUCAAACGAAAACCCCAGGACCUGCAGGUCCCAGUGCCAAACUUCCCAUUAUCUUCGCCGAUCACCGAAGAGAUCUCAAGUCCGUCGUGCUCUUCAGAAGAUCAGGAAGAACGAGACCGACCCUUUGCAUUUCUAUCCAAGGCAACGCGACAAAAGCUCGAGGCGAAGACCGCCAAAGAUGGGAAUCGUUCGCCCAUUUCCACCCGCGAAGCCUCGAGAUUUAACAUCCGCAUCAACAAGAAGCGUAAGAGCGUCGGGAAACCAGUCGGCCUGAACCUCGUUACGGAUUUCACCUUAGCGCCGGCGCCGAGGAAACAGUCGAUUCCCGCAGAGACAAAUGCGGCUGCACCAUUCGUCGAUCUGAAUGAUCUCAAGCUCCUCUCGAAAGUCCGAGAGAAGGAACGCUCGACUCAGAAAUCAAAGGAUAUAUUCAAGAAGCGGGUUUCACGCGGAUUCCAGCGGCUACCUGAGACGGUGCCGAGUCAGAACCACAGCCAGAAUGGAACCGGAACCUCGUUUCUUACCGCCAGAGAUGAAGAUCCGUUCCACGACAAACACGAGAAUGCGAUCUCGCCAUCAGACCGCCAUGUCAUGAUCGGACUUACUGUGCCUCGCAGCGAGUCAGUAGAAAGAUCACAAGAGGUUGACGGCGCAGGUACGCCGCUCACACCAUCCAUUAUCGUCACGCCAGCAAAAGGAGACGCACCAUGGAACGCACACUCAAACUCGAGCACUGAGAUGCUCCGACCAAGAGCAACAUCAAGUAUCUACUCGCAGCCAACGCCCCGCCUCUGGCAAUAUGAAACAGAUGUACCACCCGUGCCAGCCAUUCCCAUACAGCACUCAGCUGCUAUCAAAGCUCCAGCGUCAGAGACUGGAUACAAGAACCCACUAGGCGUAGAAAGGAACGCGCGCGCCUUCUCGACAGCUUCAAUCUGGGAAGACGACAGUCCACCCCGGACACCAGAGGCAGUGCGCCCAAUCCCAAAGGGCCAGCAACAGGGCCGUCUCAGCGUGAACACCCAACCAGACGCAGACAGACCCCAUUCACAAGGCUGGUGGACGUACCUCCUCUCCCCGCUCCUGAAUCGAUCUAUAAAAUCCCCACUGAGCCCAUCCUUCCCGCAAGAAUCACCAUCGACCCCAUCGACAACAACAACCACACGCGCGCAGCCAAAAGAAUGGAUACGGCGCGAGAAAGAGAUAUCGUGUUUUUCGCCAGAUACACCAGAAACAGCCGCCCCAAUUGGCGAGAAGGCAUUUUCAUUCGAACAAGACCAAUACCAAGGCCCCGAACGCCAUCAAUCCCCGCCACCCGCAUACGUCUCAAACGUCUCAAGUAGACAGAAUACCAUGUCCUUCAUGUCCAGUAAUAACCAGACAAUCCAAGGCGAAGCAGCUGAGUAUUAUCAAGCCUGCGCGCACGAGUUAUUCAGCAAGACGCCGUACUUCGAGUGCAUCAACCACGUCUGCUCGAUUACGCCUGCCAACCCGGUUGCUGUACCAGCAGGAGCCAUAAAUGCAACUGAAGGUGAUACUCGGGGACCCGCGCUUGUUGCGGUUGACGAGCCUGGGGCAUCUGGUCUCGAAGGGAAAGGCGAAAAUGGAACCCAGACCCCGGUUCCGUCGACGUCGACUAAGAAUGCUGGUCUGCUUAUUGAUAUCGACUCCCCUCGUCCGCAGACGAAGGGGACCAUUCCGGCUGGGUAUGCUGUUCGUGCGAAGGAGGUGCAGGUGUUGUCGCCUGGGUCCGAGUUUAGUUCUCAUACGUGGGAUUCGUCCGUUGUUGAUGAGGAUGAAAAGGGUUCGGUGUCGGCGCACGGGACUAGGGGGCUUGUUUCUGAGUCUCGGUCUCAGCGCGCUGCUUCGCCUCCUGCUCCUUCCCCUGCUUCUGUUCCUGUUGCUGCGCCGCCUGUGGAGGCGCUCGAUAGGUCUGCGCCUGCGCCUGCUCCUAUUUCUAUGCCUGAGCCAACUCCCGCUCCUGCUCCGCAGAUAAUCACGAAUAUCUCGCCCCCGGUUACUAAUUUUCAUUACACUUCGCCUCCACAGCAGCCUCUGCAACCAACGGUGCAGUAUGUGCCCGUAUUCACUUCGCAGCCUGUACAACCAACGGAGCCUAUAUUGCCACAGCCGCAAAAGCAGGAACUCUCGCGAGGAAUCUCGGACCCGCCGAUGAUCCAGCCAGCCCCUCAAAUAGCAACGCCAAGGUCAGAAUGGCCAUGGGGAAAGCGAGAACAACCACAAGAGCAACCCAAGGUUCAACAGCCAGCUAGCCAAGAACACGUCUCCGGGUUCGAAUGGGCGUAUUCUCCACAAGGGGGACCACAAGAACUUCCUGUUACACAAUCAUCGCCUCAAGAAUCGCAGGUGGCCUCUGGGCAGGCUCCUCCCCAGUCACGGCAGCCAACUUAUGGGCGUGCAAAACAGCCUCAGGUGCCGCUUGUUAUCCAGGGAAGGCAAUCUGGAUCUGGGUGGCCAUUUGGUCUAAACGCCCAUCCUCACUCGAAUGCACCCCCUGUGCCGCCUUUGCCACAAACCCAGCCGACUGGAUUGGAGGUUCAGCCUCAGCAAGAACAAUUCCAGGCGUCCGUGACUCAGGAUCGGCAGCCUAGAUCAGAAGAGCUGCAGGCAGAACAAGGAUUGUCUCGAGGUCAAGGGCCUGAACUUGCGCCUCAUGGACGUCUACAACCUUCUGAGCCUAUCUCUCCGGGUUUCCAGCGCGCAGCUGGUGGACCUGGCUCAAUCCCAAUGUCAGAUAUGCAGGCACCGGCUCCUGCGUACACGCAAUUUCCUCGAGAUCCUCCUCUCCCGCCUCGCUAUGAUACGCAGCCACGUUACACUCACGACCCUACAGCUGGAGUUUCGAGCGUCAACCCAAGCGGCGCGAUAGGACCUCAUGAGACCCGACGCCGCAGACUGGAAAAGGAAGAAUCCACUGGCCGAAGGGUUUGCAAUCUCUGGCGUGGCCGGGGACCAUUCAGCAAGAAGAGCGGACGUCCAGGUCGCGAGGGUCGUACUCGACGGAGAUGGUAUUUUGUGAUCUGCGUUUUCUUCUUCAUCAUCGUGAUCCUAGCCACUAUCCUCGCGAUCACAUUGACAAGGAAGGGAGACGAGACUCCUGUUCAAUCGCGGUGGUUGAACCUCACAGGCUAUCCACCCAUGCCGACUGGAAUUGCAACACUCGCUGGCACGCAGCCGCAGCUAGAAAAAUCAACUUGUAUCACCCCUUCUUCAAUGUGGAGUUGUGCUUUGCCCAAGGACCAGCAGGAUGCCAAUGAGCCAUACGAUGCGAACCAGCCCAAUUUCCGUGUUUCCAUCCGCUUUCGCAAUGGCACAUAUGACAACAGCACUGCUGUGGGCUCGAAUCUACGUAUAAGGAGCGACGACCUUUUCAACCCAUCGCCCGAAGCCCCAAGCGAUGCGGAGCGGGGCUUCCUCGGCCAAUACACAGACAACAACACCGCACCCUACGCCGGCGAAGAAACACCCUUCUACAUGUCCAUCCUCUCACCAGUCUCCCUCUCCUCAGCAAGCAUCUACCGCCGCUUCGACACCCCCAACGGCACUGCAUACCCCAACAUCUCAUCAAUAAUCCCCGCGCCAGAAGAAAAUGUAGACGGGACUCCAUCCGCAGCAAUGCUCUAUCCCCUUCCCUCAUCACAACCAAUCCGCCUGUACAACCGCGGCAUGGCAACCGAGCACUACGGCUUCUACAGCUACUUCGACAAAUCCAUAUUCCUGACCUCUCAAAUCAAACCCUCACCUGCCGACACAAACGGUGGGACCUCAAAAGCCAACGCACACUACCGCUGCACAUGGUCCCAGACCCGUCUCCUCGUCCAAAUCUGGACCCAACCCGACAAAAUCGGCCGCCGCCUCCUCCCUCAAUCCAAUAACACAGCAACAAGUACCGCCUCAUCCGCAACACCAACAUCAACAAAUAACCCUACAUCUUCUUCCUCCGCAACAGACUUUUCCCGUCCAGGCUCGUUCCCGUACCCGGUGACGAUAACAGUGGACCGCCACGGCGGCGCAGAGAAAAAGAAAAUGGUCUACUGCUACCCGAUCGAAGACGACGGCCAUUAUAAUAUCACGGCUGCGCAGCUGCAGCUCGAGGACCGCGCUGUUGGGGGUGAACUUGUUAAUCCGGCUGCGGGGCUUUUUAAGCUUGGUGAGACGAUGAAUGCUACGGUCGAGGAGGCGGGUGGUGUUGAUGGUGGUUCUGGGGGGUGUGGGUGUCAGUGGACGAAUUGGAUUUCGAGUGUGUAG